AUGGGCUCGAAUUAUAGCACGCUUCGCUCCAGUUCCCCAAGCAUACUUGGGAAACGGUCUACUCUCGAUGAUGCUCUUGACGCACCGCCAGCGAAAAGGCUCAUGUCAGAACGCUGUGGAUUUGUCGAAGAUGCCCAGGUUUUGUCCAAGCGUCGCCAUGAGGAGGACGAUUCGCAGCGUCACAAGAAACUUAAAGAAGAUGAUUCCAAUUCACAGACUGAUAAGAGGGUUGUUGUGCAUGCGACACAUCAUCCAGUCAAUUCAAAGCACGUAUUUCCCUUUUUGAUGCUCCCGGUCGAGCUAGGCAAUAUCAUUCUCCAUAUUUUGGCGAACGAUCGUGACACGUUAUACACACUUUCACUUGUGUCUGGGCUUCUCCGAGUCUACGUACUGCCGCUCUAUCUAAAGGCCGCAGGCUUCAUUGAUUCCUCGAACAAUGUCGGUCCAGUCAUAACUUAUGAGCACACACGGCCCGUCAUCGUGUGGCGCGGCAUGCAAGGCCUUCCUACUCCCCCAUCUAUGUGGAUCUGUAUCAUCGCGAAUGCAGCAAUGGCCAAAUGCCAGCUUUACGGGUUGGCGGGAUUCUUCAUCUCGAGUCGUACCCAGCUCGCUAUAUCCAACAUUGUCAUCGAGCUUCACAACGCGCGGCUCGCUCUAGCCACAUGCAAGUUCCUACAGACCGUGGCCACCGAUCUUCGAGCUAUCGAGUCUCCUGAAGACAUCCCUGUCGUCAACUCCGGUCUAUUUUAUCCUCGUCUGCAGAAGAUGCAGGUCAAAUCUGCCGUAUUCUUCUCUGCGGAGUACAUUAGUUGGAUGGUUCACACCCUCAACAGUGCAGCGCUCACUGCGCUCGAUCUCCAGCUCGACAACAGAGGUUCACCAUCGUGGCGUCUUAUUUUACCUCACCUCCACAUGGAGCAUCUGGAAACCCUCUACAUCGAUGGUGCGCUACCCAUCAACACAAUUUUCCGUUUCCUCCUUCAUCAUCCCAGCAUAUGUGAGCUCCGGAUUGGUCACUUUACUCGCCCUGGUUUCCUCCCCUACACCGCCCAUCCACCUAAUAUGGACCACCUCGAAGUCCUCGUGGGUUCUCACGACUACAUAAUCCCCUUACUUGCACGGGGUCUUCCUGCACUGCAGCGUCUUGUGGUCAUACUGGAUCAUCCUUUCGCGAUUGGCCUAUUUCUCAAUUCCGAGCUCCGAGGGGUGAUAAACAGUGCUCGACGCUGUACGCGUCUCCAAGAGCUCGACAUCGCCCUUCCCUGUGGUUACAUCGCACAGCCAGAAUCCGACUCGUUCUUCAUUGUAGACGACCCACAACACCUUCGCACGAAACGCGGUCUUUCGAAUGUGCGCACGAUCACCAUCCGCGCUACAUGGGACGCAGAUGAAUUUACCUUAUCUUCAACUCAUCUGAGUGUUCUUAUCUCUUUCCUUCGGUACGACACUUGCGUAUAG